UUCUUGAAGCUACCAUACAUACUCUCACGUGGAUCUCGGCUUGGGUGUGGAAUUGCUGUAAUUCCGACAAAGUAUUUAUCAUUGUGACAGAAUAGAUUGAAAAUGACAUUCAAAGAUCUUACCAAGGAUGGAAAGGGAUCCCCAAAGAGAAAGCAUUUGGACAUGGACAGCUCCACUGAUAGUGCUAAGAAGGAUAGGAAAAUAAAAAAGAUCAAGCGAGAGACAGAAUCGCCAGCUCAAAGGACAGCAGAGACUAAAAAAGCAACCAAGACGCCAGAUGGAAAGGAUAAGCUCUCCAAGUUUUCGGACAAGAGGAGGCCAAGUGCCAAGAAACCAGUUCCUAAGUCAAAGGAGAAUUCUGCUGGUAAGCCAGGUCAGAAGGGAGGCAAGUCAUUCCCAAAGAAGGGGAACUUCAAGAAAGAUAAGGAUAAACCUUGGAAAGGAGGACAGAAGCGCAAAGGAGGCAAGGAUGACAUAGAAAAGAGUAAACGGCUCAAAUUGGAGGAGUUGAAGAAGAAGGAGAGAAAGCAAGUCAGGAAGCAAGUGAAGAGCAACUUUGAACUAGCACAGAAAGCCAAAAAUGCUUGGGAGGUUGUGAGAAAACAUAACUGCAAACCGGAAACUAGAACCAAGCACAUAACAGAGUUAUGUGAACUUCUUGAUGGGCGAGUAUUAGAUUUAGUGAAGGCACAUGACACAGUUCGAGUGAUUCAAUGUUGUGUUCAGUUUGGGACACCUGAGCAGAGGACAAAGAUCUUUGAGGAAAUAAAAGAUCACGUUGUGGAGCUCGCCAAAUGCAAGUACGCCAAGUUCUACGUGCUGAAGAUGUUCCGCUACGGGUCGAAGGAGCAGCGACAGGCCAUAAUGCAGUCGUUCCAUGGCAAGGUCUGUCAACUGGUGAGGCACAAGGAGGCUGCAGAAGUGCUGGAGGAAGCCUACAACAACCACGCCAAUGCCAAGGAUAGGUCGGCUCUCUUGGAGGAGUUCUAUGGAGCAAGGUUUGCUGUCUUCAAGUCCUCAGAUGUACACAACCUUGAGGAAAUCCUUGAGAAAGACCCAACCCUCAGACAAGGCAUCAUGGAUCAUAUGCUUAAAACACUCACUCCUCUUCUUGAUAAGACUGUAAUCAAGCACACAAUCGUACACAAAGCCAUAUAUGAUUUCUUACUUCAUGCCCCUGAUAAAAUGAGAGCAGAGCUAAUUGAAGCUAUGAGGGAUGUUGUAGUCCAGAUUCUUCACACACAGGAUGGGGCACGGGCAGCUAUGCAUUGUCUCUGGUUUGGCUCAGCAAAGGAUCGGAAAGUGAUGAUCAAGUCUUUCAAAACCUUUGUUCUGAAGAUCUGCAAGGAAGAGUUUGGACACAAAGUACUUUUUGCACUCUUUGAUUGUGUAGAUGAUACUAAGAUUGUUAGCAAAGUCAUCAUUGAGGAAAUGAUGAAGAAUGCAUAUGAAGUAGCGACAGAUCAGUACGGACGGAAAGUCUUGCUAUACCUUUUAGCUCCAAGAGAUGCUUCUCACUUCCAUCCAGAUCUUGUAAAGCAACUACAGAAAGGGGAUGGUAACCAAAUCAGUAAAAAGGACAGUGUCGUGAGAAGAAAGGAGCUGUUGGAAGCUGUAUCUCCUGCUCUACUGAAGCUUCUCAUCACACACACCAAGGAAAUGGCUUAUAGUAAAUCAAAUAGUCAACUAGCACUGGCUAUGCUUCAACAUAUACAUGGUGAUAAGAAUGCAGUAUACAGUAUGUUGGCCACACUGGCAGCUGAGGAACUCAUUCCAAUUCUGGUCAAUGAUCCUAGUAAGAUGGAUGAUAUGCACAUUGUUGAGCAUCCGUCUGGACAUCUUCUCUUCAAAAGGCUGUUGGCUCAUGAGAAAACAGAGAGAGAAAAAGGAGAUGUGCAAAGCUCAUUAUCGAGUUGUCUGCUAGAGGAGUUAUCAGAUGAAAACAUCAAAUCUUGGCUCAGGAUAAAUAGAGGGGCCUUAGUCUUGGUCAGCCUUGCGGAUUGUGGAAAUGCAGAUGCCACAGAGAGGAUACGCACGGUGUUACAGGAAUCUCAUAAGAGCGUUGCCAAGCUUACAUCAAAUGCAGUCCAAAUUCUAAAAGAGAAGUUGGACCUCAAAACUUGAUAAUCAACAUGUGCAGUCAUUUUAUGGAAUUGUAAAGGUUUCAUGUAGAAGAUGGAUUGAUAAUCGUUUGUCUACCGACAGGGGCCGCGGAACGGUUUGCAAAGUGGGGGGGGGGGCCGAGCCAAAAGUAGGGGGGCGCUGACCAUUCAUAAAAAUCACAAUUGUAUGGUCAUUUUUACAUUUUUGUACAUGGUUUUUGAAAAAAAGUCCCCUGUUUCCGUGGCCCCUGACCGAGUUCUACUUUUCCUUGAACUGAGACCUUGUGCAUGCACUUCCAGUUGGAAACAUAAUAUUAAGUUAUGGGCAGCUGGAAUAAUCAUUUUAUAGUCAUUUUAUAGUCAGCACUGCUGCUAUGUUGAUUCACUUAAUACAGGCGAGAAUGCCAGAGGCACUCCACUUCUUUCCCUCCAAAUCUUCAUAUUUUAGACAAAUUAAAAAUAAACACUUGACAAAGGCAU